UACAAUGUAACAUGACAGCAAUCAAGUUAAUUCAAUCAAUACAUUCUUGCAGAGGAGUUUGGACACUUCUUAUCAUAGAUGUGUCUCAUGUCUGAUGCGACACUAACAUGCAUGAUUAUAUUUAGUUAAUUCAUUUUGUAAAAUCACUAUAUGUGUCCGUGUCUCUACGGUGGUGUGUGAUCAUAGUUGUAUUCACAUUAUUGGCUGAUUUUGAUGAACCUAAAUAGAUAGGUUUUUGGUGGGAAGGGAAUGAAUGGUGUUUUGACUUAUCUUUUGACAAAAACAACUAGAGAAUAUCCAGCAGGAAUUACUUAUAGGGGUCAACUAGCAAAGAUGCAUGAGAAAAUUAAAAAGAUUAACAGAAGCAAACCAUGCAAUAACAGCAUCUUGCAUCAUAUCUUCACAGUAAAAUUAUGGCACAGGUUGGAUUCCAUCACUACCUAUUUAUUUCCAUGUUUAUUUAUUAAUGUUUUCUUUACCUUGUGCUCUAAUGAUUAUACUUUCUUUGAACUCAUAUAAAUAAGUAAGAAUAACUUCAUGCAUAUUGCAGGAUCCUCUUUUACCAUCACCUGAGAAAUUUGAUGUUUCUUUCUACAACAAUAUUCACAUUGUGAUCAUGAGGAUACAGGUUAUAGAUUUGCAAUUUGCAAGGUCAUGCAUAUCUUUGGUUUUUACACCUUUUUUUCUUCACAAUAAUUGUCUAUUGACAGAAAAACAAAUAAGUCAAGAUAUUCACUCUCCACUAGCUAAAGUCAGAAUCAUAUUCUUCUUCAUCUGACUCACCAACAAAAAUAGAGUUAGCUGAAGUUUAUGUACACGUUUUGUAAACUGUUUCUUAUCAAUCCAUUCAUAGCUUCAUAUCGCCUCUACCAUUCUUCAUAUCUUCAAACAAGAAAACCAAAAUAUUACAAUGGCAAGUAAGCAACAAAGAUGUAACCAUUGUGGAAUACUACUAUUUAUUCCACAAGAAGUUCAAGCCUUUAAGUGUUCAAUGUGCAAUGGCAUCACACAUGUUCAAUCCCCAGGUCCAAUGAAUCAAGCCUAUAACUCUCUUAAUCAUAUUGCAGGUCUUUUUAGAGGCUUCAUGAAUACUAUAACAACUAGUUCAGCAAUCAACAGCAAUUCAGGUAAUUAUGGAACAAAUCAGUUUGGGUAUUAUCCUCGGCCUCAGCCACAAAGGCCUUUGAAUCCUCCUUCCCCAUAUGGUUCAAAAAGGGCAGUUUUGUGUGGAAUCUGCUAUCAUGGAAGGAGUUACAGGCUUAAGGGCUCCAUCAAUGAUGUGAAGUGUAUGAAAUAUUUUCUGAUCAAGGAGUUUGGGUUUCCAAGUGAUUCCAUUUUCAUGCUCACAGAUGAUAAGGAGGAGAGAAAUCCACUGAAAAUCCCAACAAAAUAUAACAUUCAAAUGGCUUUAAGGUGGCUGAUUGAGGGUAGCAAAUCAGGAGAUUCACUGGUGUUCCAUUACUCAGGACAUGGCACACAGGAAGUGAACAUGAAUGAAAUUGAUCAUAGCUAUAAGUAUAAUAAUGCAAUUAGUCCUGUUGAUCAUGAGCUCAAGGGGAAGAUACUGAAUGAUGAGAUUAAUGCAACAAUUGUUAGGCCACUACCAUUUGGUGCUAAACUUCAUGCCAUUAUGGAUGCAUGUCACAGUGGGAAUGUUCUUGAUUUAUCAUUUGUGUGCAAGAUGAACAGGGAAGGGUAUUAUACAUGGGAGAAUCAUACGAGUUCAAGAAAUUAUAAAGACACAAAAGGAGGGGUAGCAAUUUGUAUUUCAGCUUGUGAAGAUGGUCAAGUCUCUGUAGAUACCUCUGCCUUGAGUGGCAAAGAAGUUACAGGUGCUUUGACUUAUAGUUUCAUACAAACAGUGCAAAAUGAACCUGGGUUGACUUAUGGUCAAUUGCUUAGUACCAUGCGUUCUACCAUUCAUGGGACAAAAACAGGCAUAGUUACACUAAAUGGACCAAUUGCUUCACUCUUAAAUAGACUUCUUGGCCUACGCAUCAAACAGGAGGCACAAUUAUCAUCCUCGGAGUUGUUUGACAUGUAUAAGAAGCAGUUUAUACUAUGAUAUGGUAUAUUCUUAUCACAACAUAAUGAAACAUUGGAGAUUCUUGAAUGCCACUUUAGGUUGUAACAUCUCUUGAUAAUGUUGUAUGUUUCUCUCUAUAAUUUGUAUUUGAUUAUCAAUUCUAUAUUUCAAGCAUAAUCCGUUGCUGUCAAGUAAAAUUGGAAAAUGGUACAGAUAUUCCAAUUCCAAUUCUAGAAAAAUGUUAUCUGUUGUAACAAAUUCUUAGACUUACUAUAUGCAAC